GGUGCCGAUUGGCUGGGGCAGCCAGGAGAAGCUGGCCCGCGGCGUCCCGGUGCGUGUGGGCACUCGUCCUACGAGCUCCGCGCGGCCGAGUUUGGAAUCUGAGCUCCGAGCCCCCUUGGGCUUUUGGCAGAGGCAACGGUUCGCUGGACUCAUAUUUUCCACGCACACACAUCGCUCUCUUCCUGCCAAGCUGGGGAAAGCAGAAGUCAACAAGGCAGGGCGGGGUGGCCGGAUAUCACAGCUGGGACAGCGUGGGACGCAGCUCCCGCGGACCGCGGCCAGCCAUGGAGACCCGGCGGGGGCUGCCCUGGAUCCUGCUGCUGCUGUGCGCUCUGACGCGCGCCCGAGCUCAGAGAGACUUCGACUUGUCGGACGCGCUGGACGAUCCUGAACCGACCAAGAAGCCGAGCUCAGAUAUCUACCCCAAGCCGAGGCCCCCUUACGGCCCCCAGCCUGGAACCUCGGACCACGGAAGCAAUAUCUACCCAAGGCCGAAACCCCAACCCCACCCACAGCCCGGGAAUUCCGACCACGGCGGAGGUUACUAUAGCAACGGGGAUGAUGGACGCUACCCGCCCAAGCCCAGGCCGCCCGCAGGCGGGGGCGGCGGCAGCACCAGCGGCGGCGGCGGCGGCGGCUACAGCAGCUAUGGAGACGCAGACGGUAGAGGGGGCUAUAGACCCAAAUCUCGAUAUGGAAAUUCUUAUGGUGGCGACGGACAAUCGACCUACGGCAACCCUCAAGGCAACACGGUGGCCAGAAUCGUGUCCCCCAUCGUGUCCGUGGUGGUGGUGACCUUGGUGGGGGCCGGGGUCAGCUACUUCAAGUCCAACCGGAGGAGAAACUGCUUUCGGGCCAGUGAACCAGAGACGGUCUGAAGAUGUCCAGAUCCCCGAAAAACUCUGUGAAGUCGGAAACCCGCGGUCCCUCCUGUGGAAAGCUCCUUUUUUAAAGUUUCUCCCAUAGCGGGCUGACUUUAAGUGCAUUUCAUUCUGUUGGAAGCAGGUCAGCUGCCUCCAAAGGAAUGCGCGCGCUCUCUCUCCUCUCUCUAUCUCUCUCUGUCUCUCUUUUUUGACGGGGUGUAGUUAAAAAUAAGUUAGGUCCAUCCUGCAUUGCGAGAUGGCUCGGUCCCACGGGUCCUUCAGAUCUUCAGGCCCCGCAGGGGCGCCCGUGCGCCCAAGCUGAGCCCCGCGGGCGAGGCCAGGCGCGCAGGGUGGGUCCUGGGUAGGUGGGUGGGGCUUGCGAGGCGUCUGAGAGGCAGGGAGAACUAUUGGGUGUCGGAGGAGCUGAGGUUGGAGGCUGGACCCACCCGGACCCGCUCGGCCUGGUCAGUGGUUACUGCACCUCCGGCUCAGGGUGUAAAGCGCACGGCGAUUCCCGCGCCCGCCGAGAAUCUGGCCAUCUCCUGGGGCUGGUGCCGAUUUAUUAUUCCCUGUAGGAAGUAAGACUGGAAUUUGAGGUUUUAAAUUUUAAAAAGUUACUUCUGUUAAAACCGUCUGGUGGAAAGAAAUGGUCUUGGGAUACUUUUUCCUAGCAGAUUCUUUUUUUUUUCUCUCUUUCUUUCUUUCCUUCUUUUUGUUUUUUAAACUGGCAAUUGAAUCCAGGGGUGCUUUACCACUGAGCUACGUCGCCAGCCUUUCUUUCUUUAAUUUUGGGAGACAGGUUAUUUCUGAGUUGCUUAGGGCCUCACUGAGUGACUGAGACUGGACUCCAACUUGUGAUCCUCCUGCCUCAGCCUCCCCAGCCGCUGGGAGGACAGGCGUACACCACGGCACCUGGCUUCCCUAUGAAAUUCUUAUGGCUUUGCUCUUUUCUGGAGAUUAUGGGACAGACCAGCCCAUUUUUAUUUUUUAGUUUGAGACAGGGUCUGGCCAAGUUGCUCAGGGCCUCCCUGAGUGGCUGAGGCUGGCUUUGAAUUUGAGAUCCUCCUGCCUCAGCCUCCCCAGUUGCUUGGGAGGACAGGUGUGCACACCGCACCUGGCUCUCCUGAGAAAAUUUUUAAGGCUGUGGUGCGUUCUAGAGAACACGGGACACAUGAUGGACGUCUUGUCUAGCAACACUCUGCGGGGCCAGGGACAGAACGGUUGGGUCAUAAAGAUCCAGUUUGGUUCAACAUAGGUUCAUGCUUAUGUUGCUUUUAGAACCUGGCCCCAAAUAUCAGAAGCAGAGAGUCUGGAAUUCAGGACCCUCUGGGGCUGGUAUGGAGGAUCCCCCCAAGGGCCCCAUACGGACCCUCAGUGCUGGGGUCUCCAGAGAGAGGCGUCCGAAGGAACCUCGAUUUGAAAAAGGACCCAAAGCUCACCAUCCAGGGGUCUCGGAAUGGCCUGUCUCAUUCUGUGGAUUUGGGUCUCGCUUGAGCCAGGGGACAGAGCCUGCGCCCUGUUUCAAGUCGGGUGUCUUGUGAAGCUUCUCGAUCCCUGUCCACGCUUUCCCAGAGGGGACGCACCCGGCCCGUUACCACUUUCUGCCCGUGACUCCCUUGUGAGUCUCAUUCACCGUGUGUGUGUGUGAGUGUGUGUGUUUGCACACGUACCCACACACAGACGUGCCUGCGUGGAGUCUCAAGGUCUUUCAUGCAAAUCUGCCCAUUUUCUAUAACAAAGUCACAAAGCACUUUUAAUUUCUUAACUGAAGCGUGGGCGCUGGGCGGUCACCCCGGGGCCGGGCGCGUUGGAUCCCCGGCACCUCACCAACCGACAAAUAAAGGCUAAAGAAAAUCUUGGCUUC